ACAAACUUGGACCAUAAUACGAAAUGUCUACAAUUUAGAAAUGACAUGGUUGUCCUCUUAGCUGAAAAUUCUUUUAAUGUAGAUAAAGAUUUUAUCAAAGAUUACGUAAACUCAGAUAGGGAUAAAGACAAAGACCUUAUGGUUGAGAAAUGUGAUGUAUAUUUUGGUUGA